AUGUCUGAAGGUGACGUCAAGCCUCCAAAAGGCCCCGUCGUGGUAAGCAAUGCCCGUCGUGUUUUUGUACCCAAAGCUUUCUUCACCAAGGGCCCCGGCAAGGCCCACAUCAAAGACCUCGACGAGUACUGGUCUAUGUACAAGGAGUCGAUCGAGAAGCCCGAUCAGUUUUGGGCCCGCAUGGCCAGAGAGCUGUUGACCUGGCAGCAAGAUUUCCAGACCGUCCACAGUGGCUCCUUGGAGAACGGCGACAAUGCCUGGUUCGUCGAGGGGAGGUUAAACGCCUCGUACAACUGUGUCGACCGCCAUGCCUUUAAAAACCCAGACAAGCCUGCCAUCAUCUACGAAGCCGACGAGCCCAACGAGGGCCGCACCCUCACCUACGGAGAGCUGCUCCGCGAGGUCUCCCGUGUUGCCUACGUCCUGAAGCAGAUGGGCGUGAAGAAGGGCGACACUGUUGCUCUGUAUCUACCCAUGAUUCCCGAGGCCGUCAUUUCCUUCCUCGCAGUCACGCGCAUUGGUGCAGUGCAUUCUGUGGUCUUUGCCGGUUUCUCCUCGGGCUCCUUGGCCGAUCGCAUCAUUGACGCCAAUUCCAAGGUCGUCAUCACCACCGACGAGGGCAAGCGAGGUGGCAAACUCAUCGGCACCAAGAAGAUUGUCGACGAGGCAUUGAAGAAGUGCCCCGACGUGUCCCACUGCUUGGUCUACAAGCGGACCGGCGCCGACGUGCCCUGGACCAAGGGCCGAGAUUGGUGGUGGCAUGAAGAGGUCGAGAAGUAUCCCAACUAUAUCGCACCCGAACCCGUGAACUCCGAGGAUCCUCUGUUCUUGCUCUACACAUCGGGCUCGACCGGCAAGCCCAAGGGCGUGAUGCAUUCGACCGGUGGCUAUUUAAUGGGUGCGGCGGUGACGGGCAAAUAUGUCUUUGACAUCCACGACGACGAUGUCUUCUUCUGUGGCGGCGAUGUGGGCUGGAUUACCGGCCACACUUACGUCGUUUAUGCCCCUCUCCUCCUCGGUGUUGCGACGGUCGUGUUUGAAGGCACCCCCGCAUACCCCAAUUUCUCGCGAUACUGGGACGUCAUCGACAAGCAUUCGGUAACUCAAUUUUACGUCGCCCCGACCGCGCUGCGUCUCCUCAAGCGAGCCGGCGAUGAACACAUCCACCACAAGCUCAGCAAGUUGCGAGUUCUAGGGUCGGUGGGUGAGCCCAUUGCCGCGGAGGUCUGGAAGUGGUAUUUUGAAUCGGUUGGUAAAGAGGAGGCUCACAUCGUGGAUACCUACUGGCAGACCGAGACAGGUUCUCAUGUGAUUACACCUCUGGCUGGUGUGACACCCACGAAGCCCGGCAGUGCUUCUCUGCCCUUCUUCGGAAUUGAGCCUGCGAUCAUUGAUCCGGUCUCCGGUGAGGAGAUUCAGGGCAAUGAUGUCGAGGGUGUCUUGGCAUUCAAGCAACCGUGGCCAAGCAUGGCGAGAACAGUCUGGGGUGCGCACAAGCGAUACAUGGAUACCUAUCUGAAUGUGUACAAAGGAUACUACUUCACCGGCGAUGGUGCUGGUCGUGAUCACGAAGGUUACUACUGGAUCCGAGGACGUGUGGAUGAUGUUGUCAACGUCUCUGGACAUCGUCUGUCGACCGCAGAAAUCGAAGCCGCGCUCAUCGAGCACGAUGGCGUGGCCGAAGCCGCCGUGGUGGGCAUCAACGACGAACUGACCGGCCAGGCGGUCAACGCCUUCGUCUCCCUAAAGGACGGCACCGACCCCGGCGAGGGGACGCGGAAAGAUCUCAUCCUGCAAGUGCGUAAGUCCAUCGGUCCAUUUGCCGCCCCCAAGGCCAUCUUCAUCGUCGAGGAUCUGCCCAAAACUCGAUCCGGUAAGAUCAUGAGAAGAAUCCUGAGAAAGAUUUUAUCCGGUGAGGAAGACAGCCUGGGAGAUACAUCGACUUUGAGCGAUCCUAGCGUCGUGGAUAAGAUCAUUGAAACAGUCAAGUCGUCGAAGAAGAAGUGA